AUGGCUGCUCUGUUACUGAGAUUUUUGGCACUUGCUUUCCCUUGGGUCGUAUUUGCAACGGACAUCCCGUUUCAGUACGCAUCACCUGCAUUCACUUCUGUGCGUUCUGCUUGCAAGACUAUUCCUAAUACAUUGAGUCUAUGUCAUGGCAUAGGAUACAAAGAAAUGCGUCUUCCAAACCUCCUGGGGCAUGAUACCAUGAAAGAAGUGCAGCAGCAAUCCGGAUCUUGGGUACCACUUAUAUCUAAACAAUGCCACCGGGACACCAAGAAAUUCCUGUGUUCACUUUUUGCCCCCGUGUGCUUACCUGAGCUGUCAGAACCCGUUCGGCCAUGCAGAGCCCUCUGCGAGGACGUGCGGGACGGCUGCCUACCAGUGAUGAGCGCCUUCGGGUUUCCAUGGCCCGAUAUGUUCAACUGCAGCCAGUUUCCAAGCGGCGGCGAUCUCUGCAUCCCAGCGACAGGAUCAACGGGCGCAAAAGACUAUGGGGGAUAUGGCAGUACUAGUGACUUAGAAGGAACUGUGGUCUGUGAUGCCUGCAGCCUAGAAAAUGAAGGGGAGAAGGAGAUUCGUCUCAACUAUUGCAAAAGCCAUUUUGUUGUGAGAUUUAGGUUAGGAGAAAGCUCUGUGGAGGGCGCUGACCGGAGGAUCGUGGCCCUGGGGAGGAGCCAUGUGUUGACAAGGGUGAGAGAACGCAAAGAUGACGGGCGCGUGGCAAACAACGCCCUCUGGCUGCCAGAGGGCGGAAGCUGCGCCUGUCAGGAACUGGACAAUCCUACCGCUGCGUCAGUAGUAGCGCUGGGGAACUUCGAGGGAGGCAGGCUGGUCCUUUCACGGUUGAUGAAGUGGACCAGGACCGAUCGGGAACUUAGAAAAUUCAUCAGGAGCCUCCAAAGACUUUUGUGCUGA